AUGAACUACAACUACGACUACAUGGGCCAGGUACGAGCAGAUCACGCUUCUGGGCGUGGCCAGGGCCAGAUCAACCAGGGUCCUUCGUACCAACAACAAACAAACCCUCAAGCCCAGCUACAUAGCCAACAAAUCCCCAAUUUGGCGUUCCAGAAUCAGCAGCAUCAGGAGUACCACGAGGACUCCUUCAUGGAUGAGGACACGCUGGCGUUUGUGGACAAUACUGCUGCUAGACAAGAUGGAGGCUCUAACCGGUACACCCAGUUCUACCAGCAGCCCGUGCUCCAGCAGGCCCAGUACAACGCUUAUGGCCAGCAGCCUGUGCAGAUGCUGCCAACGUUUUCCAACGGAAACCACUUUGACACUAUUCCAGAGAGAAACCUUCAGCUGGUGGAUUCUGCAUCUCUGGGAGUCUUCCAGCCUCCUGCGGGCAUCACAGCAUUGAACAACUCGUCCAACACGAACUUGUCGGAAAUAAGCGCCUCCAACUCCGUGACCAACUCGCUCAACGACCCGUUGAGCUUUGCUCAAAACAACGCAUCAGUGGGAAAUUUGGCAUCGUCACCUCCAAAACAGAAACUUCAACAGUCGCCAGUGCAACAGCGUGCUCAGAUCCAUGUUCAGCAGCCGCCGCUGUUGCAGCAACCUCAGACUCAGUACAGAAAAUCCGACACUCCAAGAACUCCUCCUUCUCAAGUAACUCAUCUGCCACAAGCUGACCGGGAAAGAAACAAGAACUAUGUUUAUUUCAACAGAAACCCCGAUGUCAUGAGCAAAAUCACUCAGGACAAGGCGGCUGCUAUGAAGCUCAGGCUCGAAAACUACUACCAGAUGUCUGUGAGCCAUGCGAUCGAGAGAAACCAAAGAAGAUUGGAUUUGGAAAACAAGUUGAUGGCGGAGGAAGCAGGACUGAGUGAGGAGAGAAAGAAUAGACAAUUGCAAAACUUGGGCAAGAAAGAGUCCCAGUUUUUGCGCCUUAGAAGAACCAAGUUAUCCUUGGAAGACUUUAUCACCGUCAAGGUGAUCGGUAAGGGAGCUUUCGGUGAGGUUCGUUUGGUCCAAAAGAAGGAUACCGGUAAGAUCUACGCCAUGAAGACGCUUUUGAAGUCUGAGAUGUACAAAAAGGACCAGUUGGCUCACGUGAAGGCUGAAAGAGACGUUUUGGCCGGCAGUGACUCGCCAUGGGUUGUGUCGUUGUACUACUCUUUCCAGGACCACGUGAACCUUUACUUGAUUAUGGAGUUCCUUCCUGGAGGCGAUUUGAUGACGAUGUUGAUCCGCUGGCAGAUUUUUACCGAAGACAUUACUCGUUUCUACAUGGCCGAGUGUGUUUUGGCCAUUGAGGCGAUCCACAAAUUGGGUUUCAUCCACCGUGAUGUCAAGCCUGACAACAUCUUGAUUGACAAGCGGGGCCACGUGAAGCUCUCUGAUUUUGGUUUGUCUACUGGUUUCCACAAGACCCACGACUCCAAGUACUACAAGAAGCUUUUGGAGAAGGAGGAUGCAAAGCACAACUCGAUGUUGCAGGUGCCUGGAAAAGCCCAAACGCAGCGCAAUUCGAUGAUGGUGGAUGCCAUCCACUUGACUAUGAGCAACAGACAGCAGAUGCAGACCUGGAGAAAGAGCAGAAGACUCAUGGCAUACUCCACCGUCGGUACACCAGACUACAUUGCACCAGAGAUCUUCAUCCACCAGGGAUACGGACAAGAAUGUGACUGGUGGUCGCUUGGAGCGAUCAUGUUCGAGUGUCUCAUCGGCUGGCCUCCUUUCUGCUCUGAGACACCGCACGAGACCUACCGUAAGAUUAUCAAUUGGCAGGAGCUGAUGGUGAUUCCAGAGGAUAUCCAUCUACUGGCUGAAGCGGAGGACUUGAUUCGUCGUCUCUUGACGUCUAGUGACCGUCGUUUGGGUCGUCACGGUGGAGCCGAAGAGAUCAAGCAGCAUCCUUUCUUCCGGGGUGUCGACUGGGAAACUAUUCGUCGUGUGGAUGCGCCGUUCAUCCCCAAGCUUAAAUCGAUCACAGACACGAGGUUCUUCCCCACGGACGAAUUGGAGAAUGUGCCCGACAGUCCCGCAAUGACCCGGGCCCACAAGCAGCAGCAGAUGCAGCAGGGCGACCUCAAGAACAUCAAGGAGGAUCUUCCUUUCAUUGGUUACACAUACUCGAGAUUCGACUAUCUUACGAGAAAGAACGCAUUAUAG